AUGAGAACGCAACAAAACUAUUUGGUUAAGUCCUUGUCUAAAUUAUAUGUGUAACACAUUUACAUUCAUAAUUCAUUAUCUGUAUUGGCUUAACACAACAGAACUAGUUGGUUAUGUCCUUGUCUGAAUUAUAUUAUAUAUGUAACACAUUUACAUUCAUUAUUUAUUAUCUUCCUUGACUUAGCGCAACAAACUAUUUGGUUGUCUUUGUCUGAAUUAUAUGUGUAACACAUUUACAUUCAUAAUUCAUUAUCUGUCUUGACUUAACACAACAAAACUAUUUGGUUAAGUCCUUGUCUACAGACGUAAGUGUACCUUUCAAUGAAAUAGGACUAGUCAAAGAAAUCUUCCUAUAUAGAUAUGAAUAGCCUUUUCUUAAUUUUCACUACCAACUCACAGUACACAGAAUCACUCAGUAUUUCGAAGCAACUUGAACUAAAUCAUGGGAUACAGAAAAUUCUUAUUUCUGCUCUUUGUCUGUUUUUGUCAGUUUUCAUUUUCUUCAUCUAUACCUCAUCUGUGCCACAAAGAUCAAAGCACCGCUCUUUUAAAAUUCAAGAAAACACUCACAGUAGAUUCCUCAUUAGUUACGUGUAGUUCCUACUCUUAUACGAGUUCAUGGAAUAGGAGCAGAGAUUGUUGCUCAUGGGAUGGAGUCAUAUGUGAUGAAAUGACUGGCCAUGUGAUUCAACUUAAUCUCAGUUGCAGUGGUCUUGUAGGAAAGAUUGACUCCAAUAGCAGUCUCUUCCAACUCUCUCAUCUUCAAAGGCUCGACCUUUCUUCUAAUAACUUCUCUAAUUCUCACAUCUCGCCUGAAUUUGGAAGGUUCUCGAGCUUGACACUUCUUGAUCUUUCUGACUCCUAUUUCUCAGGUCAUAUCCCUUCUGAAAUAUCCCAUCUUUCUCAAUUACAGUCUCUUCAUCUCUCCCCGUCAUUUGAAACUAUUCUAAGACUCACAGCCCAUGAUUUGACAUUGCUCCUUCAGAAUUUGACUCAAUUAAGAGAGCUUGAUCUUACUUCCAUAAACAUCUCUUCCACCAUUCCUCCAAAUUUUUCUUCUCAUUUGACAACUCUGAGGAUGGGAAAUACAGGAUUGUACGGGAUAAUACCUGAGAGUAUUUUUCACCUUCCCAAUCUGGAAACACUUGUCUUACAAAACAACAAUCAGCUCACUGGUUAUUUUCCGAAGACUAAAUGGAACAGUAGUGCAUCUCUCAUCGAGUUAGACCUCAGUGGCGUGAAUUUUUCUGAUAAUUUGCCUGAGUCUAUUGGCUAUCUAACUUCGGUGCAUUCUUUGUCUCUUAAAAAUUGCAAACUUAGAGGGCCUAUUCCUGAAUCUCUUUUGAAUCUCACGCGCAUAGAGGAUUUGGACCUUCAAUAUAACUCCCUGAAUGGAACAAUACCAUCAGGGAUGUUCUCUCUUCCGUCACUAAGUCGUUUAGUCUUAAGCAAUAACCAGUUUUCUGGUCAGUUUGAGGAUUUCAAUUCAAAUUCACUGAUCUGGAUUGAUUUAAGCAAUAAUCAGCUGCAAGGACCUCUUCCCAAGUUGAUUCAAAACCAUGUGAACCUAACAGGCCUUAUUCUUUCUUUCAAUAAUUUUAGUGGCCAUGUGGAUGUCAGCCUCUUUGCUGACCUCAAACAGCUUUACUAUCUUGAUCUUUCAUAUAAUCAUAUCUCGUUGACAAAUGAGAACAAACAUAAUGUUACUUUGCCAGGAUCUCUUAUGAGCUUACAGUUGGCCGCAUGUGAAGUGAAAGAAUUGGAGUUUCUAAGAUCCGCAAAGCUUCUUUGGCAUUUGGAUCUUUCAAAUAAUAGGAUUCAAGGAAGAAUUCCUGAUUGGGCAUGGUCUAACUGGAUGUUUUCAUUGCAACGUCUUAAUUUAUCCCACAACAUGCUGCAAGGUGUUGAUUCAAUUCCUCUUCUGUCUAUAGAAGCUAUUGAUUUACGGUCCAAUUUGCUUCAAGGUUCACUACCUAUUCCACCAAUUUCCACAAGAUUCUUCUUUAUAUCCCGUAAUAAUCUGAGUGAAGAAAUUCCUUCAGAUAUUUGCAACUUGACAUCACUGGUAAUGCUUGAUUUGGCAAGAAACAAUUUGAAGGGAGAAAUUCCGCAAUGCUUGGGUUAUAUCAGUAGCCUCGAGGUUCUGGAUAUGCACCACAACAUCCUUUCAGGGACUCUUCCAACGACUUUCAGAAUUGGAAGUGCACUCAAAAGCUUCAACUUUCGUGGGAAUAAGCUGGAGGGGAAAAUCCCACAAUCCUUGACCAAUUGCAAGCAACUUGACGUUCUUGAUUUAGGAGACAAUAACCUCAAUGACACAUUCCCCGUGUGGUUGGGGACUCUGCCAAAGCUGAAAGUUCUAAGUUUGAGAUCCAAUAAAUUGCAUGGGUCCAUUAAAACUCUACCGACUGGAAACAUGUUUCCUCAGCUUAGAAUAUUAGAUCUGUCCUCCAAUGCCUUCACAAAAAGCUUACCAACGAGUCUGUUGCAACAUUUGAAAGCCAUGAGGACAGUUGAUCAAACGAUGAAUGCACCGAGUGAUGAAGGGAAUCGAUAUUACCAAGACUCAGUAGCUCUCGUAACCAAGGGAUUGGAGCUUGAAGUUGUAAGAAUCUUGUUCCUGUACACCACUGUUGAUCUUUCAAACAACAAAUUUGAAGGAUAUAUUCCAAGUAUUAUGGGAGAUCUCAUUGCACUUCGUGUGCUGAAUUUAUCUCAUAAUGGAUUACAAGGUCAUAUACCGUCAUCACUUGGAAGUCUGUCUUCAGUUGAAUCAUUGGACCUGUCAGGCAACCAUCUUGUAGGAGAGAUACCAGCACAGUUUGCUUCUCUUACUUCUCUUGAAGUCUUAAAUCUCUCCUACAAUCAUCUCGAAGGGUGCAUUCCUCAAGGAAAACAAUUCCAUACCUUUGAGAACAAUUCAUAUGAAGGUAAUGAUAGAUUACGUGGAUUCCCACUUUCAGAAGGUUGUGGUAAUGAUUCAGAGACAAAUGAUACCACAUCUGGACUAGACGAUGAAGAAAACGACUCUGAAUUUCUGAAUGAUUUUUGGAAAGCUGCUCUUAUGGGGUAUGGAAGUGGACUAUGUAUUGGAUUAUCCAUAAUAUAUAUCAUGUUCUCAACUGGAAAUCCAAGAUGGCUUGCAAGAAUCAUUGUAGAACUGGAACACAAAAUAAUGAUGGGAAGGAGAAAGAAGCAGCAAAAGCAAAGAAGUGACAAAAGAAGAAAUAAUAGCUUAGCUUGACAAGUUACAUUUGUUCUCUUUGUGUAACAUUGUGAUGUAAAUGAUGUUUAAUCAGUUUUUUUGUAUGCUUUUAAGCAAUAAUAUUACAGUUAUUUCAUAAAAGAAAAAUUAUAGUUAAACAAUGAGCUGAUUGAAAGGUGUUUCAGUUUCGUGUUAAAUCUUAUAUUUAAAAUGCAUUAUACAUAAAUAAACACUUAAAUUUUGA